AUGGAUGUGGACUUGACCAAUCAUUCCAAAAUCCAAAUCAGGAUUUCAAAGAACUUGUUUCUGCAUGCAUGCCGUAAAAUGAGCACGACAUAAUUUUACUGCUCAUUGCAUAAUCACGUAAUAUGCAGUUUUACUUCUUGUUUGCUUACUCUCAUCAUUCCACAGGCUAAAUAUUGAAAGUAUUGGAUAGUAUAUAUAUGGUGACUAGCAGUAAGUGCAUUUCUCUCACUUUGGGUAGGUUAGGUUGUGUUGCAGGUACGUUUAAUGAGUCAAGGAUGAUAAAUAUUGUAUGUGUCUACAAACAAGGAAAAAGUAAGUGUGAUUCUGUCUUUGCUAUCAUCCAACACCAUCCAAUCCAUGCAGACAAUAAAAUUUUCCAAAGCAUGCUACACCAAUUAAUCGAUGCAUGGUAUUCGUAACGUUUACUAAGAUACAUAGCUCAUUUUUGUUACAAAUUGAAAAAUGGUAAGAACGUGCUAACCUGUUGAAUUAAUCGAGAUAGGCACGCACCAUGCAUGCAAGAAUUCACUCAUUAAAAUACAAGUGAAGAGUUCGCACAUGCAAGAAAAUGCAUUUUACUGGUCACUGCCUUCCUAUCAAGUUUUGUUCUGGAUUUUUGCUCUGUUUCCUUACCUGGACUAUUGUAAAUCCACCCUCGUGUCAGGGUGAAAUUGGUGGGGGCAGAUUUCUCAUAAAUCUAUUUGCAGACUUUGCAGAAGUACUCCAACGCAUCCCACAAAGUUCUGUGAAGCGAUUGGUGAUUCCGGUGCUAACUCGAACUCAGAAUGAAUUAAUUUCUAAUCGGGAAUUUGGAACGUCAAACGCCAUCCUCUUGUCAAAUAACUUGAGAGAUAUCCGUUUCUUGGUGUACAACAAUCACAGAAAUCCCAACUCAUUCUUCGAACUGGAUCUCGAUAAACCUAGCACAAUCCCCAGUUUACGAUAUGUUGGUGGUGCAAAAGUGAAAAUCCUCAUUCACGGCUACAACUUUGAAGAUACAGAUAAAUUUCCCAGCGAAACCAAAGAUGCCUACCUCUAUACUACGAAUCAUCCUGUGAUAUGGGUGGACUGGAGAACGCUGGCCACGCCCAACUUUCUGUCCCCACAUGCCCUGUAUCCAUCCGUGGCAGACAACGUGCCACGGGUCGGACUUCGUGUGUUCCAUCUUAUCGAAUUUCUUCUCCAAAAUGAGAUUAUAAGCCAUCCGAGAGAUGUACAUUUUGUGGGCCAUUCUCUGGGUGCUCAUAUUGCUGGCUGGGCUGGCAAACUUUUGUUCCAAAAACAUGGAGUUCUGGUUGGGAGGAUUACAGGUUUGGACCCAGCUGGACCUCUGUUUCGAAGUCUAGGACGCAACUUGAUUUUGGAUAGAAGCGAUGCUGACUUUGUAGAUAUCGUGCAUUCCAGUCUCACCGGAAUAGCAUCCCCCCUGGGACACGUUGAUUUUUACCCGAAUGGUGGUCAAGUUCAUCCCCACUGUCUUAGAAGUCUGAAUCGAACGGCUCGUAUUGGCCGUUUCAUUUCAUGUAACCACAACUCUGCGUACGACUAUUUUAGGACGUCGAUCGUUCACCGCAAUAUAAUCGCAUGUGGGUGCAAUUCGUAUCAAGAAUUUCGCCAAUCCUGUGGCGAAAUAUGUGCCGAGAAUGCUAUUUUGGGGGAGUUUGUUUCCCAUCAGUAUGGCACGUGGGAAAUAUUUUCUGGAUUACGAUCUUGAUAUGUAAACGAGCUUAUAUUGAUUUAGCAACAAAGGUCUCUUUGUGUGCAAUCAUUAUGUGGAAGAGGUUUACAUUGAUUGACGUAAGAUUGAUUUUCAUUGCCGUCAAAUAACGAGCUGGGCUGGAUUCAUGCGAUGUUUUGACUGACACAAUGUAUCAACGGAAAUUAUGGGAGUUAUUUUGCAUUCGGAAAUGUAAUUCACACGAAAACCAAUAAAUGAUUAUCACGAUCGCCAAGACA